UUGCCCCCCAGCAGGGGCGGGCCCCCCUGUGGACCUCAGGUCUCCCUUUCUGGAGUGUUUCCCCAGGGAGGCCCCCUCAAGUUGGCCCCUGCCCUCAUGGCAUUCAGGACCCAGAAGAGCCGCACCCGCUCACACCCAGCUCCCUGCUGGGGGCAAAGGGCACCCUGCCUGGGUUUGUCCCUGGAGCCGCCAUUGGGGCAGGGUGCUGCCCUCUGCCCGAGCUCUGUGGCUGGCUCCUGUCUCCAGGCCUCCCUCAGCUCUGGGGACACCUCUGCCUCUCUGCCCUUUGCCAUCCUGACCUUGGUGAACGCCCCGUACAAGCGAGGGUUCUACUGUGGAGAUGACUCCAUCCGAUACCCCUACCGUCCGGACACCAUCACCCAUGGGCUCAUGGCCGGGGUCACCAUCACAGCCACUGUCGUCCUGGUCUCAGCGGGGGAAGCCUACCUGGUGUACACUGCCCGCCUCUACUCCCGCUCCGACUUCAACAACUACGUGGCUGCCCUCUACAAGGUGCUGGGCACCUUCCUGUUUGGGGCUGCGGUGAGCCAGUCCUUGACGGACCUGGCUAAGUACAUGAUUGGUCGUCUGCGCCCCAACUUCCUGGCCGUCUGCGACCCAGACUGGAGCCGGGUCAACUGCUCGGUCUAUGUGCAGCUGGAGAGGGUGUGCAGGGGGGCCCCUGCCAACGUCACCGAGGCCAGGCUCUCUUUCUACUCUGGACACUCCUCCUUUGGGAUGUACUGCAUGCUGUUCUUGGCGCUCUACGUGCAGGCGCGGCUCUGCGGGAAGUGGGCGCGGCUGCUGCGGCCCACGGUGCAGUUCUUCCUGGUGGCCUUCGCCCUUUACGUGGGCUACACCCGCGUGUCCGACCACAAGCACCACUGGAGCGACGUCCUCGUCGGCCUGCUGCAGGGGGCCCUGGUGGCCGGCCUCACUGUCCGGUAUGUCUCGGACUUCUUCAAAGCCCGGCCCCCACGGCCCUGCCUGGAGGAAGUGGCGGAGCGCAAGCCCAGCCUGUCCCUGACGCUGACUGUGGGCGAGGCCUCGCACAACCACCGCGGCUACCCUGUCUCCUCCUCCUGAGCCAGGACCUCCAGGCUGCCAUCUGCGGGACAGCCGUGUUCUGGACCCUGGUCAACAGGAGGGCUCAGACAGGCCCCAGGUUCCCAGCUAGUGGUAGUGGCAAGCAGCACUCUGGGGGCCAGGUGUCCCAUGGGCUGUCCUUGUUGCUUCUUGAGGACCCACUCAAGUAGGGGGCCGGGAAGGACCUGGGAGCCAGGCACUUGUGCUGCUUGGUGGGUGUGCACGUGGGUCUCUAGUAAAGCAGGUGUUUGUUGAGGGCCCCCUGCUUCUCCCUGGCCAGCACACAGUUAUGUCCAGAGAGGGCCUGCAGGUUAUGGACCCCGGGACUUUGGCAGGGAGGAUGUCUGGCUUCCAGGCAGUGGGCUGUGUGUGUUGAGGGAAGGCACCAGCCCUUGUGCACAACCGGGCCCCUGGGCCUGCAGUGGCCUCUGUUGCCUGGAAGACCAGCCAGACUCAUUCUCCUUCCUGAGUCUGCCCUCUCCCCUCCUGGACCCUCUGUAUGCCCCACGGCCUCAGAGCCCUUCUCUGUGUGAUGGGGAUCCUGUGCUUUGAACUGCUGGUCCAGCAACGCCCCUUGCCUCUGCACACACUAGUGUUCCAGGCCCUGUAGGAAGCUCUGCCCCUGUGCCUUCCCUGUGCCCCUGUGGGACUCUGACCUGAUGAGCCCUGCAGUCCCGACUGUCUGCCCACUGAGUUUCAGAACUUCCUGGGCUUGCCUUUUCAGUGUGAGAUUGUCAUAAAUUUUGUUUUGUUUUGUUUUGUUUUUUUUACCAAAUAUGUCUUUAUGAUGGGUGA